UAAUUGAUUGCGUUGAUGCGUUCCCACACCCACAGCAAGAUGUCGAAGAUCGUGCUAUAUGGAAUUAUUAUGUCUCCGCCGGUUCGUGCCUGUUUACUAACACUUAAAGCACUGGAUCUGCCAUUCGAAUACAAGGAGGUUAAACUUGCCGAAGGCGAGAACCGCACACCGGAAUAUUUAAAGAAAAAUCCACAAGGCACAGUGCCGCUGCUGGAUGAUAAUGGAACUCUUGUAUGGGAUUCACAUGCCAUAUGCAUGUACUUGUGCGACAAGUAUGCCAAGACGGAUGCACUUUAUCCCAAAGAAUUGGUAAAGCGCGCUGGCGUCAAUCAACGUUUGUUCUUCGAUGCCAGUGUGAUCUACAAGGCCUUGUGGAAUGUUAGCAGUGUGUUCUGGAUGAAGGGAAUCACCGAGGUCUCAAAGGAGAAGACCGACAAUGUUCACGAGGCGCUGCGGCUAACCGAGGUUUUGCUGGAUAAGCCAUAUAUCGCGGGAGAUUCGUUGACCAUUGCAGACUUCUGCUGUGGCGCAACUGUCUCAUCGUUGCCAGCUGUUUUCGACAUUGAUCCGCAGCGAUAUCCAAAGAUCACCGCUUGGCUCCUCCGUCUCGGUGAGCUGCCAUACUAUGAGGAAGCCAACAAUGUGGGCGCCAAGCAAUAUGCGACAUUCAUGAGAAGCCAGUGGACGAAAGUUGAGCUGUAAGAGAAUUUGACAGCACCUCGUUGUCUAUGUAUUAUAAAUAAAUUACCAUAUAUUCUCUUA